UGUGACUGACACGAGGCAUUCUCAUUGUAACGGAUAGUGACCACUUUGUCGGGAUGGCGAUCUUGGCUCGCAUUUUCUUGCUUGUCUUGGCGCUCAGGGCUAGCUUGUGCUUAGCCAAAGUGAAAGUGCAUACAGUAUACGUUGACUUGGAUGAUUAUGUGGAUUUGAAGAACAUACAUCAAACUAAAAAUGACGUAAUAAGCUGCAAGUUAGUAACUAACAAUGCAACUGAAUUCGUGCUUUACCCUAUUCCAAAUGGUGGAAAUCGACCAAGUGAAAAUAAAAAGUUUUCUUUCGAUAAGUACAGUGAAUUCUGUACAGUUCGAGUGAAUAAAAUGACACAGACGGACUCUGGAAUCUGGAAAAUAAAUACGGCCAUAAAGACUCCGGAAGGUACCAUGGAGAAUGUUGUGUUCUACAAUAUCCAAGUUAGGAAGAUAGACAAAUCAUUAAAAUCGCAAACAAUCAACGUUUACCAAGAUCAGCAAGUGUCACUUGGCUUUCAAGACAGAUUUAGCGACUUGUUAGCUUGCAAGUUGUUGAGUCCCGAGCUCUUAGAAUACAGCUUGGAACCCGACAAUCUAUCAAAGAUAUCGAAAGUCGGAAAAUGCGGCGUCAAGAUGGACGUUAAGCCCAAAAACACUGGACGUUGGACUUUAAUAGCUGACUCGAAGAAUAACACUGCUACCAUCAAGUCUUUCGACAUUAUAGUCAAAGAUGAAAAGAAUCUUGUGCUUAAUCGGACAAGCUUUUCUUUCAAACGUGGCCGAAAAGCUAUCCUAACAGUUGGUAGAUUCAUGGAUUUGAGGAUCUGUAUGUUCGAGGAUCCGUAUGGAAAAUCGUAUCCUAUUAUUGAAUCAACCAGGAGCCGUGAGUGUGAGUUAGAAAUACCAAAUGUGAAGGAACAUCACGCUGGCCUUUGGAAAGUUUUCUACGGAUUGGAAGGGUACCAGAGUCUAGUUCCUCAAGAAAUCGAACUCAAAGUCAAUAGAGAAAUUACUUUCAACAGCAGCGUAGUUCAUAGAAAGAAUGGUGACAUAAAUCUUCUAUGUCAAGUUCGGGGCUUAAAUAUGAGGUUUUGUAGUUUUGUCCGACCGGAUGGUAAAGUUUUACACAUGACUUACGGAAUAGGUGACAAAAAGUAUGAGUAUUAUGGAAACAGCCUAAACAUCGAAGAUUCAAUGUUCAGUCACAUAGAAGAUUACGAUUGCGGUAUAACCAUUCACAGGCCAAGCUCGGAGGAUUAUGGGUCGUGGAAGUGCUUGUUUAAAUUUUCAGAACCAUCAGUUACAAACGGAAGAAUAUUAAAAGUCACGCAACCAGUAGAUUCUAAUCCUGCCACCAAUACAAGUAUAACAACGAAAAAUGUGUAUGUCAAGAAAGGCGAUUCUUUUGAGGUCAAAUGCACUUCUCAAGAACUCCUGAGGUAUUGCUGGCUGCGUAGUCCAAAUGGUACACUUUACAGUGUUUCGACAGAGUCAAGUACUUCGAAAAAUGUACUGAAAUACAAGGGCGCAGGCCUUGAAUUGGGAGAGUGUGGCGCUGAAAUCAAGGUAGCAAAUACCAACCAUUCUGGUCAGUGGACCUGUAAUUUGGGUGUCAACGGGUCCAUUGAGAUUCGUGAAAGUUUCAACGUGACUGUCAAAGAUACGCGUCUGAUGGCAGCUCAAGACGUGAUUACAGUCUCGAGCGAGGGAGGAGUUGAUCUCAUCUGUCAGCCGCUUCCUGAAUCCGAUCAACUGAUAGAUACCUGCCGAUGGGUUAAUCCUCUCGGUUAUGGAAUCAAUAUUGAUGAUUCAGAACACUAUGGCACUGAGACCAAAGCUACCCAUUGUAAGCUGUCCAUCCGAGCUCAUGAUAAAAACGAUAUUGGCAAAUGGUAUUGUUAUGCACGCUUUGUCAAUGCACCGGAAGAGGAAAGAGAUGAAGUAAUCGUGAUGGCCAGUCAACAUUUGAGCUUUUCCAAAGCUAAUCUCAGUCUAAUACUCGGUAUCAUACUGUGCAUUUCUUUAGCUUCUGUUCUGCUUGUACUACAAAGAUUAAAGUUCCGAUCCAAGCCUGAUGACGAAGAUGUUAUUCUAGAAAAACCGAACACGUUUGCUUGAGAUGUGAUCGAAGAUGUUUGUACCUGCAUAUCGCAUGAAGCUAAAUGAACAUGGGUGUUAUAACGAUGUAUUACUUUUUUUAAAAGAUGUGCUGUAAAAAUGUAAGAGGCAACUAUACUUAUUAAAGUUUGAAUCACAUUGAACUGAUGCGUAUGUUUGAUGCACGAAAAAAUGCAGUAGAUUUAGGUUACGGUAAUUAAUAAUAAUUUUUAACUUCUUAGGUUAACUUAAGUUACGGUAAUAAUAAUUUCUAACUUCUUAGUAAGUCCAGAAAUUAAAAGUACAUAUUUAUAAUCAUACGUAGUUUUAAGAAUAACAGACUAUUAAUUAGUUUCACAACUAUAUUUAAUUUUGUACAAAAAUAGAGAGAUAAAGUACAUUAUUAAAGUUAACUUACAUAUGCCACAUUUGCAACUGAAGAUAUAUUUGAAAUUUUGAAUCUCUUUUGGAAAAAAAUGAAGUCAUAGGACGUUUUUAUACUACUAUCGAUUGACCAUAAAAAUACGUAAUAUUUCUGUAACUAGUGUUGGAAUAAUAAACAUUUUUUAUGAAUGCAA